CGCGCGGUGUCAUUCUUGAACACGCAGUCAGGUGUCGCGCUUGGUUCACGCUACCGGCGACGCCCGCCAGCUUUUUCCUUUUUUCACCCCACGUUCACGUCGACGCGGACACAGACACAGACACCGGUUCUUUCUUUCUUUAUUUCCACUGGAUGAAACGUAUGGGAACGUAUGACGUCACUCAAGUGUAUGUAUGUGUGAGUGUGUGUGUGUGUGUGUGAGAGUGUGUGUGGGCGUGGAGGGAAAUGUCAACGUGCAGCGCGAGAGGAGGAGAAGCGGAGCUGUGUGUAGCUGAGAGGAGACGAGUCUGUCCACCACGGGAGACUGAAGUUCACCGGGAGUAAACUUGUUCAUGGUGGAUGUUUCUGCGGCUUCUCGGUGCCUCCUCCUCCUCCUCCUCCACACACCGGAGCCCCGCCGCCCUCCCGCCGCCUCUUCCUGGAUGUGAGGCGGGCAGCGACGCUUCAACAUCAGGCCACUUGUGAGCACCGGGCCGCCUCCAUUUCUGAAACUCCUCCAGCAACGAUGUAGACCUGACAACCACACAAUGAUGAUGAUGAUGAUGAUGCAGGGUCUCGUAGGGAGGAGGAGCAGCAGCAGCCGUGACUGACUCUCCCCCUCCGUUUAGCCACACCUGGUACUCUGUGUCCGUCCUGACUGGGCGGCCAGAGUGCUAUGUCAUCGACCACACCCCUUGCGGCACCACCCCUUAAGAAGGGAAGGAAGCUGGAGAAGCCGGAGGUGAUGGUCGACUCGGUGCAGGCCACCAAUGAGGAGCUGAGGAGUAAACUUAUGGACGUCCAAAUCGAGGUGCAGCAGGAGCGGGGCAAGGUAUGUAAGCUCCGUGAGCGGCUCCAGGAGCAGCGACAGGCUCGGGAGCUCGAGCAGCACAAACAUGCCGUGGCACUUACUGACCUGCGCGCCAAACUCCACGAGGAAAAGCUACGGGAAAUAGCGGUCACGCGUGAGACCCUGGUGCGGCAGCACGAAGUCGAGCUUGCGCGGUCCAUUAAGAUCCGGGACACCGAGGUGCAGAGGCUACAGGGGCUUGUGAAUGCACUGAGAGAUGGAGCUGCAGAUAAGCUCAAAAACGCUCUUCUUGGAGAGGCUCGGGAGGAGGCCAGGAGGGCGUUCGACGGGGAGAGGAUAAAGCUACAGCAGGAGAUCCAGGAACAGAAGACAGCCAGAAAGCAGGCUGACGAAGCUCUUGCAAACGCUCUGCAGGCCGAUAAAGCGAAAGCAGUAGAUCUCCGCACAGCCUACCAGCAGCACCAAGAUGAGGUGCAUCGAAUCAAACGGGACUGUGAGAGAGACAUCCGCAGAUUGAUGGAUGAGUUGAAGGCGAAGGACCGGGUUGUGUGUGCUCUGGAGAGGGAGCUGGGGGUGCAGGCUGGCUACGCCCAGAAGCUUCAGCUCCAGAAGGAAGCCCUGGAUGAGCAGCUGGGUCACGUACGAGAGGCGGAGAGGCACAACCACGGCAGCCCCAAGAGAGAGGUGAUGCCUGGGUUAGGAGACAACCACGACCAACUCAACAACCAGGACAUGGAGGAGCGUGACACCAGAAGGUUCCAGCUGAAGAUCGCUGAGCUCCACUCAGUCAUCAGGAAACUGGAGGACAGAAACGCGCUGCUGGCCGACGAGAGGAAUGAACUAUUGAAGCGAGUGCGAGAGGCAGAGAGCCAGAUGAAGCCCCUGUUUGAGAAAAACAAGCGUCUCUCCAAGAAGAAUGAUGACCUCUUGCAAACGCUGCAACGCAUGGAGGAAAAACUCAAGAACCUGAGCCGUGACAAUGCAGAGAUGAAGGAGAAGGCCUCUUCUCGGCCGCCCUCACAGCAACAAUCAAUGCAACCGCAGCUGAAGCGGCCGAGCUCCCUGACAGAUCUAAGCCAUGCCCACGAGGAACAGGAAGUGGAGUUUCUCAAGCUGCAGGUUGCUGAGCAACGUGGCAUCAUUGACGAGCUCAUGCAGGAACGUGACCGAAUGGUGAUGAGCAAGAAGAACAAGAAGAAACCUCUCAAACUGUCAAAAAGGCAUGUUGUGGAGACAUAUUUUGGAUUUGAUGAGGAGUCCAUAGACUCUGAGACGUCCUCUCUCACCUCCUACAACACUGACCUCACUGACCGCACGCCUGCCACUCCAGAGGAAGAUCUAGAAGAGAGUGUUUCCCGAGAGGAGUCAGAGCUUCGUUUCCGUCAGCUCACCAGAGAGUACCAGGCUCUCCAGCGGGCCUACGCUCUCCUGCAAGAGCAGACCGGUGGCUCUCUGGAUGCUGAGAGGGAGGCCAGGACACGUGAGCAGCUGCAGAUGGACCUCAGCAGCUGCCAGGCAAAGAUCGUGGACCUGGAGAAGGCGCUGGCGGAGAAAGGCCAGGAUUCAAAGUGGGUGGAGGAGAAGCAGUACUUGCUCAGGACCAACCAGGAAAUUCAUGAGAAGAUGUGUGCGUUGCAGCAGGCAGAGUCGCGGCUGCAGGCCGAGGUUCAGGAUGCUCGAGACCAGAAUGAGCUGCUGGAAUUCAGGGUGCUGGAACUUGAAGAGAGGGAGCGCAGAUCUCCUGCCCUCAACCUCCACAUGUCUACGUUUCCUGAGAACAGCAGCAGCGCCUUGCAGAUCUACUGCCACCAGCAGGGGGUCAAGGAUGUAAUCAUUCCUGAGCUGAUGAAGAAACUGGAUAUCCUGGGCGAUAAUGGGAAUCUCAGAAACGAGGAGCAGGUGGCAGUGAUCCAGGCAGGGACAGUGAUAUCUCUGUGUGAAAAGUGGCUGAAGCAAAUAGACAGCACAGAGGCUGCACUCACACAGAAGAUGAUCGACCUGGAAAAUGACAAGGAGCUGUUUAGUAAGCAGAAGGGAUUUCUAGAGGAAGAGUUGGACUAUAGGAAGCAGACCCUGGACCAGGCCUACAUGAGGAUCGAGGAGCUGAUGGCUCACAUCGAGCUCCGAGAGGUGGAGAUCAAGAUGAAGCAAAGUCAGCUGAGGGAGCGUGCCUCUAGGUUGGAGGAGGUCAGAGUUGGGCUGGAGCAGGAGAACCAGGAGCAAGGAUGUUUGAUCACAGAGCUCACCAGGAAGACUGAGGAUGAUCUCAACACGAUCAUGGAGCUUCAGCAAAUGUUGGAAGAGAGUGGGAAGCAGAGCAACACAGAGGAACGUGUGGACAAUAUUGUGGAGAGAGUUAAACCCCAAUCUACGUCUAGUACUCAAACAGAUGAUUUGAUUUCAGUGUCAGCAACCGGAUCUCAACAUAACAGUCACCAUGAUCUCUUGCAGAACAGCCAACAAAACACUUUGCAUGUUGAUCAAAUGUGUCACCUGACCAAGACAGUCCAGAGCCUCAAAACAGAACAAGAAGAACUGAUCGGCAAAUUAAACUCUCUCAGAGAGCAGCAGGGAGAAGUAGCUCAGUCAGUCCAGACAAAGACAGAGGAGAAACAGCAGUUGACUCGCACAGUUUGGGGACUUAAGGAGGAGAAAGACAGAAUCUUUCAGUUUCUGGCUGGUCUCAGACAAGAGCGAGAGCAACUCACCAGGACGGUCUGUGGGCUGAAAGAUAACAGAGAUCACUUUAUUAGGUCCAUGAUUGGCCUGAAAGAGGAGAAAGAGCAGCUAACAAAGACUUUAUGCAGUCUUGAAAAAGAAAAAGAGGACCGUCAUUCAAGUGGAAAAGAAGAGCAAGAUCAAAUCAAGCAAUCCCUACAAAGUUUACAGACAGAGAGGGACCAGUUAAGGAGAGUGGUGCUCAAUUUGAAACAGGAGAAAGAGGAAAUAACCACUUCCCUUAAGUGUCUGUUAGAACAGAGACACCAGGAGCAAUCAUCUCACACUUUGGAGGACGACCGUGACAAGCUGAUAAAGUCCCUGAGCAGUUUAAGAGAUGAAAAAGAAAGAGUUGAACAUUCAAUUACUUGUUUGAGACAUGAGGAAGAGCAAAUAACGUUUGUGACUCAGAGCCUGAAAGAGGAAGGACAAAGCCUUCAGUCUGAUUCCCACAGCCAAACACAAACACAAGAGAGGAAUCAGAGGCAGCAGCUGGUGAAUCCAAACACCACUGAUCCAACAGAGAAGAGUGAGACUGUGGUCGGGACAGGAGAUCAAGCUGCACAGAGAUGUCGGACUAAUAACAACAGAGGAAAAUCUGUACAGGAGCAAAAGGAUCUGCUGAGGGAAAAUGAAGAUUUGGGAUCAAUACUAACGAGGUCCCAAGAGGAACUGGACAAGAGCCACACACAAACAAAGAAGUUGCAAAGUGAACUGUGUCAGUCAGAGGCCCGGAGGGAGGAGGCAGAGAGGAGGGCAGCGGAGAAGGUGAUGAGACUGACAGAUGCAGCCAAUCAGAUGGAAGAAACCAGGAGGGAAAACAAGAGCCUCAGCGCCCAGGUGAAGGAGCUGCAGAGUAAACUGACAGACCUGCUGAGGGAGAGGACUGAUGCUCUGUUACUCAAGACACAGAUAGAAGAACAAUACAACAUCCUCACAGCCCAGCUCAAGGCCAAGACAGUGGCUCUUGACGAGCUGAACUCCGAGUACAUCACUUUAAAAAGAGGACAGGGCAACAAGAAUGAUCUGGAUGCCGCUCUCAUGUCUGUUCGCACGCGCUACAACGACAUCAGAGCUAAGUAUGAUGCACUCCUGAAGAAGAGGAGCCAGACAGAUCUGGAUAUGGCUCCUUUAAAGGCCAAGCUGUCAUGUCUGGUGGUGAAGUGUCAGGAGAGGAACAACUUCUUAGCUAAGAUGAUGAAAACCAUGCACAGACACGGCUGUGCGGACUCCACACUCAAACAGCAGGUGGAGCUGCUUCUCAGCGACGCUGCUCUGCGGGACUACACUGCAGCAUUCACACCGAGAAGCAGCGUAACCACUGGGGAUUACAGUGCUGGGUUUAUACCAAGAUUUAUUUCACCAUUUGAAGACUGCACCACUGGAUUCAUACGUGAUCAGAACUGUCUUGCUGUUCUCUCACUAACAAAAAAUGGACUCACGCCUGAAGCUGGAGGAAAAUGCAGAGACUUCAGAAGUGACGGACAAGUUUCUUUGUCCACCGAAUCCUCAACAAAUAUUCAAGAGUGCAGGCGUGAAGUCGCACCUGCAGCAACAGGAACACCGAAGAGAAGUACCAGCUCACCUGUGCAGGAGAAACCCAGUGUCGAAGCUGCAACAGCACUUAAAGAGAGCUCGAUCACAAAUACUGCACAGCUGGGUUUACAGGGACUGCAGUCCACACAGCUGUCUCUGUCCGCCAGUGGACCGAUCCAAGCAUCCGGUGGUCCAGAGACAUUUGGAUUUCAUCAGUUGGAUGUGAGAGGGAAGUCCUCCCCAGAUCUGACCAUUUCAACCAGGUCCUCCCUGAGUCCCACUCCUCCGCCCUCCUUCAGCACCCGCAGAAGGAUGAGCAGCCCCGAGAAGAUCAUCAACCUCCAUGAGCAACUGCAGAGGACUCUGAUGAGCAGCUACCAGGCUCCAGUGAUCAGAGGACGAGGACAGGAUCCCAGGAAAAGUCUCUCAUUUUCAGCUCCUGCAGACCUGAAUCUGACCUUUCAGACAAACAGGCAGCGGCUCAGCUUCAAUAAACCACAUAACAACUCUCUCCCAGUCACCGCUGCUGCAAACCAAACUCUGAUUCCCAGAAUAACAGUUAAACCUGCUGCUGCUGCUGCUGCUAAGUCAACAACGCUUUUUAAUGCAGUCGCUUCUAGAGCUGCUCAUGUUUCAUUCAGCCCCAACAUCUUUACUCACUAUCACUUUAAAGCAAACACAUCUGCAACUACAACAUCUGCUCUUUCUGGCUCAUCUAAUGAAACUAAAUCCACCUCACACAGUGGCAGUACGAUGACAGUAUCCCCAGAAAUGACAGAGAAAGUCUCUACUGUCCCGAACAUAUUAGAUACAAGUCACACGACUCCUUUAACUCUUGGGACCAAUAGCUUUGACUCUAAUGUCUCAAUAUGUCCUGACACUCUGAAAAGCACUGCCUCAGACAUGACUGCUCCUGGAAAAUCAACAACCCCUAAAUGUAAUAUUUCUAAUGGUGCUGCCCCUGCUGCACGUGACAGACCUGUCUUCACUGCAUCCUGGACCCAGUCUGGUCCUCGCUCUCCAGAGACACCCAACAGGUCUGCCAGGAAGUCCACUGGUCCUGGAGAUCAGACAAAAUUGGCAAGACCCAGACCAGACGCUCCAGCGGAGGUUCGCUCUGUUGAGGUCAUCAAAACCGUGGGCCAGAGCAGCCUCAUGAUUGGCUGGGAGAGGCCGUCGCUGGACGAGCUGGGCUGCAGUAACGGCACGUUUGUGUAUGGAUACAGGGUGUUUAUAGAUGGGGACUUCCACAAAUCCGUCAUGAGCUCGGCGUGCACCAAGUGUAUCGCGGAGAACCUCGACCUGAGCCUCCCGAUCAACAUCAGCGUCCAAACCCUGGGAUCUAACGGUCUGAGUUCAAACAGUGUCCACACCGUGUUCAGGACGGACCAACACUGACCAACUGCUACACCUCACACAGUGCCAUCUAUAGCUGCAGCCCUCUGAGGAGCUGUCCUAACCUCCACCUCAGCUGAGACACCGUCACACUCCUCAGAUAACCUCUCCAUGUGAGGCUCAGGUCGACCAAUCAGAAAAACUCUCCCCACGUGCUCUUUACCCACGAGCUUGUGAGCGACCUGUGACCCACCAACGAACCUCAAAACGAUGAACUGAAGAUGUCAAACUAAAAACAGCAUAAGCUUCCUGCCUCCGCACUGAAAGUUAACCCGCCUGUAAAAGCAGGUGAAGACUGGCAACUUCCUUUUCUCUUAGGGAAGAACUUCCUGUUUCAGAGACCCACCCCCUGGAUUCACCUCAUGAACGGAGCGGGGGUUGCAGCGGCCAGAUGAAAAGGCCAGAGCUGCUGCCAAUCAAAGCAAAUGCUUUUUAAAACCAAGCUCAAUCUCAUUGUUAAAAAUCUGACUGUGACAUUCGCUACCACUGGAGGAACAUCUGCUUCUGCUGCUCGUUUUUUACACUGUGUUAGACUGCGACUGAUCACGUGUCAGAUGCUGUAGCUUCACCCCCACUGCUGCCUCUCGGGGCUGUAACAGCUGAACGGACGUCGACUGUCUUUUUUUAAAGCAACACCUACUGUAUAAUGUGCUGACACAACAUUCUACCACUUUGUUCGUCUUUUCACUUGAUUUUUACACACAAAGCCAAAUAUGACAAAAGAUGAUUCACUCCAAAGACUCAUCUGUCUCCGUCUCCUCACAGAUCUGCAGGAUUUCUUUAAAACACAGAAACAGAUGUUAUGUUACUUCUAAAAUUUGCACAUAAUCAUUAAUUUUAAAAAAACAGAUAACCACUGAUAUUUUUUGUAGAGAGUAUAAUAAGAAAAUAUGCCAAUGGUGUAUAUGAAAUGAUACCACCUAUGUGUUUUUGUAUGGGGGACACUGUUUUUCAUACCUAAUCGAUGUCACGUUUGCACGCUUAUAUUGAUUUUUUGUUUUAUACAAACGCACACACGUGAUGUUCUUUUGCUACUUCCUGUAUGUGGAGUGACCAUGGUGCAGCAAAUGUAUUUUUCUAUCAGUGAUUGAUUGAUAAUAUUGAUUUCCUCUUG